GUAAUUCAGGAAUUAAUCAUAGGCUCGACAGAAUAGUUGAAUCAAGGCUAUCCAUUGUUUAGUCUGCUAUGAUUGUUUUCUGUUUUGUGUAGUAAAUUUGGUUGCCAGGUUUUUAAAUAUUUUAUAGUUGAUACUUUAUGUAUUCUUAUUUUAAAAUUAACAAUAAUAAAGUGGAAACGAAUCGACAGUGUAUUGGUGAAUCCAAAUCAUAAAUCAAUAACUUGCAUAUAUUCAAUAAAUAAUGAACCUCUGCAAGUGUUAACGAACGCAGCUAGAAGUAAAUUUGGAGAUCUAACCUAUAAGGAUACAAUAAUAAUCUACACGUGUUUUUAAAUUUGAAAAUAUGGAGAACGAAAAAUCGGUUGUUGCAUUGGAACCAAACAUGGAUAUUGAGAAUGAAGAUUCUGAUGGAUGGGAUGAAAUGGAAAUAAGUGGUGAACAAACAACUUGCUUAUUCUGCACAUCUCAGUUUUUGACUAUAGCUGUGGCUAUGGACCAUUGUCGGGUGGAACAUAAUUUUGAUUUGCUGUAUCUGAAAAGCAAGUAUAACAUGGAUUGUUAUUCGUAUAUCAAAAUGAUCAAUUACAUUAGGAAAUGUAAACCUACCGCUGAUAGUUUAUUGCAGUCUCAAACUGCAUUAUGGUCCAGUGAUGACUAUUUGAAAUCUGGUGAUAUGGAAUCUUGGUUAAUGUAUGAUUUUGAUGAUCUUGGAAGUACACCAUCUACACCGCAUUAUGCAAUCGAUGGAAAAACUCCUAUUAGUAACAUCACGUAUUCCGAUUUGCAGCGACAAAUUCAAGACUUGACGAUACAGUUGAGGCAAAAGGAUUCGAUGCUGCAGAAUGCCAAGGACGAUAUUGACACAAUGAAAACUGUUACUAGAAAUAUAGUGGAAGCUGGAGAUUCGGAAAUCGUAUUGCCUUCCAGCGUCGGAGAUGUGCCAGUUUCUUUGGACAGUGAAUAUUUUAAUUCGUAUUCUCAUUACGGCAUACACCACGAAAUGCUAAGCGACACCGUUCGUACCGAGAGUUACAGAGAUGCUAUUUUGAAGAAUGUUAAUUCCUUCAAAGACAAAACGGUUCUGGACGUUGGUUGUGGUACAAGCAUCUUAUCGAUGUUUGCCGCUAAGGCUGAGGCGAAAAAGGUAAUUGGAAUUGACAUGUCGGAGGUUUUGUUCAAGGCUAUGGACAUAAUUAGAGAAAACAAACUGGACGACAAAAUCACGUUGCUUCACGGUAGAUUAGAAAAUGUCGAGCUUCCUGAAAAUAAAGUCGACAUUAUCAUAUCGGAAUGGAUGGGUUACUUCCUGCUGUUUGAGGGAAUGCUGGAUACGGUCAUAUACGCUCGUGAUAAUCAUCUAAAACCUGGAGGACUUAUAUUGCCCAAUAGGUGUAACAUCAAUUUGGUUGCUUGCUCAGAUUUAGAAAGAUACAAUGGUCUGAUCAAUUUUUGGGACGACGUUUACGGAUUCAACAUGUCAUGUAUGAAGUCGGAUAUAAUUAGCGAGGCUAAUAUUGAAACUGUGCCAAUGGAUAAUGUUGUGUCCGAGCCGAGCGUUCUAACAGAAAUCGAUUUGCAAACGUGCAACACGAACACGCCGAAUUUUUCAGCUAAUUUCAAAUUGAAGAUAACGAAAACAUCGACGAUAACUUCUCUUGCCGGAUACUUCGAUACAUUUUUUGAGCUAGAAAAUCCCGUCUCUUUCUCCACAGGCCCGCAUUGUAAGAGCACCCAUUGGAAACAAACUGUAUUUUAUUUAAAAACCCCGAUCGAGGUCAAAGAAGGUGAGAUAUUAGAAGGAACACUUGUAAGUUUCAGAAACGUCAAGAACGUCAGAGGUUUAACAAUCACUAUCGAGAUUAAUGGUAACAAAUAUAAAUAUAGUUUAGAUUGAUUUUAUACAAAAUAAAAAAAUAUUAUUAUAAUAGACAUGAACAAACAACACUUAUUCCAUAACAAUACAUUUUCCAAAA